AUGGAGCUGUAUGAAUCAACAUAUUUCGUUGUCCUUAUCCCUUCAGUAGUUAUUACCGUCAUUUUCCUUUUCUUCUGGCUUUUCAUGAAAGAAACAUUAUAUGAUGAAGUUCUUGCAAAACAAAAAAGAGAACAAAAGUUGAUUUCUACAAAAACAGAUAAAAAGAAGGCAGAAAAGAAGAAGAAUAAAAAGAAAGAAAUGCAGAAUGGGACCCUUCAUGAAUCUGAUUCUGAGCAUGUGCCUCGGGACUUUAAAUUAUCUGAUGCUCCACCUGUGGAGGAUGAACAGUUUGUACCUGCUCCAUUGAAUGUGACAGAAACUUCUAGUAGUGUUAGGGAAAGAAAGAAGAAGGAGAAGAAACAAAAACCUUCACUUGAAGAGCAGAUCAUCAAAGACAGUGAUGCAUCAAGGGUUCCAGGCAAAAAAGUGGAACCUGUCCUAGUUACAAAACAGCCGGCCCCACCCCCUGACGCAGCUGCCUUGAAGAAGAAAGCAGGGCAGAAGAAGUCUAAAAAUGGAAGCGACGAGCAAGAUAAAAAGGUGGAAAUGCUGACGGCACCUUCAAAAAAGCAAGACACUAAACAAGAAAGUGGGCUAGGAAAGAAGAAGGGCUUGCCAAAGAAGCCAAAGACAGAAAAUGUUGCAGUCUUGGAUGAGCCCCUUAUUCCUUAUAUUCCUUUGAUGGAUAAUGCUAACUCAAAUCUCGUGAUGGAUAAGAGAGAAAUUAUUGAUAUGAUUAAACCAGAUCAUGUAGAAGGAAUCCAGAAAACUGCAACCAAAAAGCUGAAGAUUGAAACUGACAAAGAAAAUGCUGAAGUGAAAUUUAAAGAUUUCCUUCUGUCCUUGAAGACUAUGAUGUUUUCUGAAGAUGAGGCUCUUUGUAUUGUAGACUUGCUGAAGGAAAAGUCUGGUGUGAUAAAAGAUGCUUUAAAGAAGUCGAAUAAAGGAGAAUUGAGUGGUCUUCUGCAUCAGCUUCAGGAGAAGGAACGGCUGCUCACAGCCAUGAAGGAAGAUGCUGCUGCCACAAAGGAGCGCUGUAAGCAGUUGACUCAGGAAAUGAUGACAGAGAAAGAAAGAAGCAGUGUUGUUAUAGCAAGGAUGAAAGAUCGGAUUGGAACACUAGAAAAGGAACACAAUAUAUUUCAAAACAAAAUGCAUGUCAGUUACCAAGAGACUCAGCAGAUGCAGAUGAAGUUUCAGCAAGUUCGGGAACAAAUGGAAGCAGAGAUAGCUCAUUUGAAGCAGGAAAAUGGUAUCCUGAGAGAUGCUGUCAGUAACACUACAAACCAGCUGGAAAGCAAGCAGUCUGCAGAGCUAAAUAAACUACGCCAAGAUUGUGGGAGGCUGGUGAGCGAGCUGAAUGAGAAGACAGGAAAGCUGCAGCAAGAGGGAGUCCAGAAGAAGAAUGCGGAGCAAGCUGCCACCCAGUUGAAGGUUCAACUGCAAGAAGCUGAGAGGCGGUGGGAAGAAGUUCAGAGCUACAUCAGGAAGAGGACGGCUGAGCAUGAGGCUGCACAGCAAGACUUACAAAGUAAAUUUGUGGCCAAAGAAAAUGAAGUCCAGAGUCUUCAUAGUAAGCUCACAGAUACCUUGGUAUCUAAACAGCAGUUGGAGCAAAGACUAAUGCAAUUAAUGGAGUCAGAGCAGAAGAGGGCGAGCAAAGAAGAGUCUCUGCAAAUCCAAGUGCAGGAUAUUUUGGAACAAAAUGAGGCUUUGAAAGCUCAGAUCCAACAGUUCCAUUCCCAGAUAGCUGCUCAGACCUCCGCUUCAGUUCUAGCAGAAGAAUUACAUAAAGUGAUUGCAGAAAAGGACAAACAGCUAAAGCAGACUGAAGAUUCAUUAGCAAGUGAACAGGAUCACUUAGCAAGCAAGGAGGAGGAGCUUAAGGAUGUACAGAAUAUGAAUUUCUUAUUAAAAGCUGAAGUGCAGAAAUUGCAGGCCCUGGCUAAUGAGCAGGCUGCUGCCGCACACGAGGUGGAAAAGAUGCAGAAGAGUAUUCACGUUAAGGAUGAUAAAAUAAGACUGCUUGAGGAGCAGCUGCAGCGUGAGGUUGCCAGCAAAAUGGAAGAAUUUAAGAUUCUGAGUGACCAGAAUAAGUUGUUAGAGUUGGAAGUUGAGAAGCUGCAGGCAGCUGUUUCUCAACAGCCUAAUAAGGAUGUUGUGGAACAAAUGGAAAAAUGCAUUCAGGAAAAAGAUGAGAAGUUAAGGACUGUCGAAGAAUUACUGGAAACUGGACUCAUUCAGGUGGCCACCAGAGAGGAGGAGCUGAAUGCCAUAAGAACAGAGAACUCCACCCUGACGAGAGAAGUUCAAGAGUUGAAGGCUAAGCAGAGUGAUCAGGUUUCUUUUGUGUCUCUAAUUGAAGAUCUUAAGAGAGUGAUCCAUGAGAAAGAUGGACAGAUCAAGUCUGUGGAAGAGCUUCUAGAAGUUGAACUUCUCAAAGUUGCUAAUAAGGAGAAAACUGUUCAGGCUUUGAAACAGGAAAUAGAGGUUCUAAAAGAAGAAAUAGGAAAUGCCCAGCUUGAAAAGGCUCACCAGCUGUCUGUCACUUCUCAAGUCCAGGAGCUGCAGAACUUAUUAAGAGGCAAGGAAGAGCAGGUAAAGAGCAUGAAGGCUGCUUUAGAAGACCGGGACAGAGACCUGACAGAGAGCGGGACGUGCACACAGGUGUGUUCAACACCACGAUUUGAAGAACUUGAAAGUGUGUUGAAAGAAAAGGACAAUGAAAUUAGGAGAAUAGAAGCUAAAUUAAAGGACACGGAGAGUGAUCUUUCUAAGAAAUCAGAGCUGUUAAAGGAGGUACAAGAUGAGAAUAAAUUAUUAAAGUCCCAGCUCAAUCAUCAGAACCACCAGCAGGCAUCUUUUCCCUCUCAGGAAGAAUUACAAACAGUAAUUUCAGCAAAAGAUAAACAAAUAACUGAUCUCUGCAAUGAGUUAGAGUCUUUGAAGAAUGCUGUUGAACAUCAGAGGAAGAAAAACAAUGACCUUCGGGAGAAAAACUGGGAAGCAAUGGAAGCAUUGGCAUCAACUGAAAAAAUGCUGCAGGACAGAGUGAACAAGACUUCCAAGGAAAGACAGCAACAAGUGGAAGCUAUUGAGUUAGAGUCCAAAGACCUUCUCAAGAGGUUAUUUCCAACAGUGUCUGUUCCUUCUAAUUUGAAUUACAGUGAAUGGUUACGUGGCUUUGAAAAGAAGGCAAAAGCAUGCAUAGCUGGAACUUCAGAUUCAGAGGCGGUCAAGGUUUUGGAGCAUAGAUUGAAAGAAGCUAAUGAAAUGCACACGCUGCUACAGCUGGAAUGUGAAAAAUACAAAUCGGUCCUUGCAGAAACAGAAGGGAUUUUGCAAAAGCUUCAGCGAAGUGUGGAACAAGAAGAAAGUAAAUGGAAAAUAAAAGCCGAAGAAUCUCGAAGGACUAUUAAGCAGAUGCAGUCAUCCUCCACAGCCUCAGAGCAAGAGCUAGAGCGACUAAGACAAGAAAACAAAGAUAUGGAGAAUCUGAGAAGAGAAAGAGAGCAUUUGGAACUGGAGCUAGAGAAGGCCGAGAUGGAGCGAUCGACUUAUGUGAUGGAAGUCAGAGAGCUGAAAGAUCUGUUGACUGAGUUGCAGAAAAAACUUGAUGAUUCAUAUUCUGAAGCAGUAAGACAGAAUGAAGAGCUUAACUUGCUCAAGACACAGUUAAGUGAAACACAUUCAAAACUUCAAAAUGAACAAGCGGAGAGAAAGAAGGUAGCUGAUGAUUUGCAUAAGGCUCAACAGUCACUGAACUUUAUCCACUCAAAAAUUUCAUUAAAAGCUGCUGGAGACACUGUUGUUAUUGAGAAUAGUGAUAUUUCCCCAGAAAUGGAGUCUCCUGAGAAAGAGACGAUGUCUGUAAGUCUCAAUCAGACUGUGACACAGUUACAGCAGUUGCUUCAGGAAGUAAAUCAACAACUCACAAAGGAGAAGUAAUCCAGGUGUGGGAGUGAAGUAAUUGGGAAAUUAUUCGUUAGAAGUUAACAGAAGGCGUUGUAUUAUAUUUUGCCAAAUUAAAGCCUUAUUUAUGUUUUACCCUUUCUACUUUGUCAGACACUGAACAGUUUUGUCUUUUCUAAUCCUUGUUAGACUACUGACUUAAAGAGAAAACACUUUAAAAAGCCAACUCUGUACACACCUUCAGAGUUUAGUUUUAUAAUAAAACUGUUUGAAUAAUUAGACCUUUACAUUCCUAAAGAUAAAAUAAAUGUAAUCUUUUACCUUAUUUUGCUCAAUUAAAUUGUUCAGAAGAUCAAAGUGGUAUAGACAAUGUGAAAUUUAACAUUUUAAUACUGAUGUUGUACGCUGCUUUACUUAACAUUUGGGAAGAAGCUGCCUCUGACAUCAACUCAAGGAAACACUUUUUGUUGCUAUUAUAAUCAGCAAAUAAAGGGACACUUAUUAUUCAACGUGACUCACUCUGAUUGUUGUUGAGUUUCAACAGGUUUCAUUAACGCUUCAGACCGCUGUCAUUUAGAAUGCGGUUUCUAAUUGCAGCCACCAAACAAGAUGAGUCUUGUUGCUUCUGUAACUUUCUGACUAGACCUUUGUGUCUUCUCUGGGUCAGGACUGUGCCAAGUCCCACAGUGUGGGUGACAGCAAGGUGCAGGCAUUUGAGUCCCAAUCACCACUGAGAAUUCUGCUUUAAUUUUGCUAAUGACUACUACUAUUGUUUCAAAUAAUCACUAAUAAGUCUCCCUCUUCAGAGACUGUUACCACAGGUUCUAUGUAUUCUCUUUUCUGUUGGAAGGGGUGUGUGUGUGUGUCCGUGUGUGUCUGUAUGUGUGUCUGUGGUGUUGAGAACACCGUUUUCUUUAGAUGGCAAGUAUCUUGUGCCAAUAAACAUAAAUAAUAAAAUACCUUUUAUUACUGCUAUUUUAAAUUUUUAUUUUUAUUUUAAGUGCAUGAGUGAUUUGCUUGCAUGUGUGUAUGUGUACCACAUGCUUAUAGUGCUCAUGGAGGCCAGGAGAUGGUAUUGAAUCUCCUAGAAGAGCACUUGACGGUCUUGUGAGCUGCUAGGUGGUUACCAGUACUCCAACCCAGGUCUCCUGGAAGACCAGUAAGCUCUAUUAACUACUGUGGUAUCUUGCCAGCCCCUAUUGCUAUUUCUUGGACAAAGCAGUCAUGUUUCACCACAAAGGCUUUGCACUCUUCUGUGUUCCUUCUGUUGAGAGCUGUUUGAUUUUGAAGCACGUUUAGUGGAUACACCUGUCAGAUAUACAGUUGGUAAGUAGAAGCAAAAGGACCACGAGCUAGAAGGUAGCCUGGGCUACAAAGCGAGACUCAAUCACAGAACACAAAUGGCCUCUUGUGUUCUGAAUGUCACCUCAGUCUUUUAUUCAACUGCACCCCUCCCUGCCUCACAGCCACACAUACUCAUACACAGCACUGCUCGUUCCGGUGUGGGACAUAAGUAAUGAUUUCCAAUACUAAAUCCUGUUAGAAGUUUGUUCCUAGUACAUCUAUAACUCUAGCUAGCUCCCCACUCUGGAGUAAUCUAGGGAAGGAUAACCACGCUCCCAUUCAGUGACGGUUCAGUUGAGCAGCUCUGUCUCUGUGCUCAGUCUCUGCCCUUAGGUUAAAUAUCCCAAGAGCUGCAGUUGUCUGAAUGCUGAAAGGUCUUACAAGCUGCUUUGCCUUCUGGUUCCAGUUGGAAGGGAGUGAUGGGAACGCCCAUUAAGUAGCCCAUUCCCAUUGGUGUGAGAAAGCUCAUCAGUUUCCCAGAAGUCAGUGGCAGGCACUAUGUAGAAAACUAGGUGUCAGCUGUCUUUGCGCGUUCCACAAGAGAGGGCAGUAGCUGUGCUGCCCACAGAACUGAAGCCAUGGCCAGUACUGUGAGGACUCUCCUGGAUGAUAUGUCAUGGAUAUGAAACACAGCUCCCGUCUUCCUAGGUCUGUGUGAUGACCUGGACUGUGUGUCCCCAGUUGGUGAUGCUCCUGAUAGGUGAUUGUAUCAUAAAAUUUCUAACCUCUACCACACAUUCACAUUACCAUGAUAUUCUGUCAGGCCCCAAGCAGUGAAGGCAGCCAAUAAUGGACUAAAACCACAAUCCAAAAUAAGUCCCUCUUUAAUCGUUUGCUCAGGUCUACCAAUAGAAGGUAUAUGGGAGGAGCAGAGGCCACCAGGAGAAGGCCACCCAUAGUGCCCUCACACAAAGACUCCAUUAUCUAGGUCCCCAGAGAAGGCAGGUGGAAGAAUGAAAAGGACAGACAGUACCCAGAUUGUACCACUAGUGCCCGCGCUUGGGUGCUGACUGUAACUAAACUGCAGCUGUGGGGCACAAUGAGGGCUUGCAUAACACGUGGAGGAAGUUCACAAAGCAGAACCGGUACCAGGACUGGCAAAGAUGACUUCAGGUCUGGCUCGUGACAGAUUGGUGGUAGACUUGUUUUUCUAGAAAAAUAGACCAUAUCAUUGGUAGAGUUGAGGCAAAGAGAAUAAAUCUCCUAGUCUUGGCUACUCAGGAGAGCCAGUAUUCUACUCCUGAGCCUGAACCAUCUGGCUCGGGAUUGACACGUGAGCAUGUACAUAUCUACACAUAUAUUUCUGUAAUUAUGUGUAUGUAACUGUAGCUAGAGAAAAAUAGAUGGUUGUUAAAAAAAAAGUAAUUUUUAAAAGAGGUAUUUGUUGUGGUCACUACUUUGUCUUUCUCAUUUUCUCUUGGUAUUUCUAAGGGACCGUCUGCCUCUGGUUUUUAGACGUGUAUGACACGUAGCCCUCUUGGCAUCCUCUUGACCCUUGAUUUCUAGGGAUGUUGAAGGUUGAAACUUUUAUAAGACACGGGCUGACGUUUGUUUCUACUGUGUUGUCAUCUGUGCUGCUCCAGGGAAACACAACAGACACAACAGGGCUUACACACAUGGGAAUUCACAGGGACUGGCAGCACCACAGGUUCAAGUCAAAUGGGGCCCCAGCGCUGCGAGGGUGAGUGGACACCCACUCUUACCCCUCACGAAGGAGCUACCUGCACUUGAAACCUGCGGCAAAGGAAAAGCUUUCUUCAGUGGCUGGGGAUCUAAAGCACCCUUCAGGACAGGCUCCACACACGGGGUUAGUUGACCACCAUCAAGUGAACCCAAUGGUAGUGUACAGAACUGUCUGACUUUGCUUUGUUUGAGUUGCUUUGAAUGUAUCUUGGUUUAGUUUAUUAGUUUGUUUGUUUUAGAGCACAUGGAGUUGGGGAGGUUGUUAGGAGGGGAAACCAUAACCAUGUAUGUUGUAUGAAAAACGUUUUAACAAGAUUUUUUCUUGGUUUUAAUUUUAGUACAUUGAAUAUUGAUAGAAAUAAUAAAAUCUUUUAGAUCUAAAGGGAUUCUGAAACCCAAAGUUAGAGAGUUCCUGUUUUUGCACUCUUUCUUUCCAGGAGUUUUAAUGACAUCUGGCAACUGUCCACACUUUAAAUAUAUGCAUCUUGUUUUCAAUUUUUAAAAUUUUCAAUUGUCCUUUGAUAACAUUUGUAUAAAAUUUGUUUUUAAUAAACUCAUUUUAGA